AUGGCGGCAGCGGCGCCGUGCGCCGCGCGGAGGUCGUUCAGGGACUCGCUCAAGGUGCUGGAGGCGGACAUCCAGCACGCCAACACGCUGGCGUCCGAGUGCUCGCGGGACUACGACGGGGCGUGCGUGCAGAUGCGCAUGUCCUACAGCCCCGCCGCGCGCCUCUUCCUCUUCCUCCUGCAGUGGACCGACUGCAGCCUCGCCGGCGCCCUCGGCCUCCUCAGGAUCCUCAUCUACAAGGUCUAUGUGGACGGCACAACCACCAUGUCCACCCACGAAAGGAAGGCCAGCAUCAGGGAAUUCUACGCUGUGAUAUUCCCCUCCCUCAUGCAACUGGAGCACGGGAUAAGCGACUCCGACGACCGGAGGCAGAGGGCGGCGUGCUCAGAGCGAUACAGGAGGAGAGACGAGCCAGAGGACAGCAAGAGGCCGGUCUCCGAGAUCGACGCCGAGAUAGAGGAGGAGUGCGGGAUCUGCAUGGAGCUCAACAGCAGGGUCGUGCUGCCCAACUGCAGCCAUGACAUGUGCAUCAAGUGCUACCGUCAAUGGCGCUCGAGAUCUCAAUCAUGCCCCUUCUGCCGAGACAGCCUCAAGAGAGUAAACUCCGGCGAUCUAUGGAUGCUCACCGACCAGCGCGACGUCGUCGACAUGGCGACGGUGACGAGGGAGAACAUCAGGCGCCUCUUCACGUACAUCGAGAAGCUGCCUCUCGUCACGCUGGACAACAUCUUCGAUGCCUAUGAUUCCCAUAGGAUGUUCCUUGUCCUAGGAUGUGGCUGA